UAAAGAUCUUUCAACCUACGCUCCUUGCAUGAUGAUAAUGAAAAGGUGUGGCCAAUUGCCAGUCUGAGUGUUUGUUCGAAGGCUUUUUGGCUUUGUUGGAUCGUUGUGAAGAUGUCGGGAAGAGCUGGUAAAGUGAGGAAAAAGCGUAUCAGUCGCUCAGCUAAAGCAGGCGUUGUAUUUCCAGUAUCCAGAAUAUGCCGCUACAUGAGACAGACUCUAUUGAAGAGGCGCAUUGCAGUGGGCGCUCCUAUAUACCUGAGUGCUGUGUUGGAGUACUUGUGUGCAGAGGUGUUGGAAUUAGCAGGAAAUGCUGCUGCUGAUAAUAAGAGGAAGGUGAUCACUCCAAGGCAUAUCCUGCUCGCUGUUGCCAAUGACGACGAGCUUCAUAAGCUACUCAAGGAUGUCACUAUCAGUCAAGGCGGUGUCCUACCUCACAUACCAGAGAUCCUAUUGGUACGCAAAGGUCAAAGUUCAAAGUCCAAAUCACAUCCACCUUCCGAACCAUCCACGGCCGGACCUAGUAAACCAGUCCCUAAAACUGCUGCUACAAAGAAUAAAAAGGCUCCGCCAAAAUCUCCUACAAAAACUGCCCCCAAAUCACCAACCAAGAAAACAACUGCCAAGAAAACAGGUCCUAAAGGUGCAACUCGUGUGACGGUACUAUCUGAGAAGACUCUAUUUCUUGGCCAAAAGUUGACUGUGAUUCAAGGAGACCUGGCAGAGCUUACAGUGGAUGCUGUAGUCCACCCCACUAAUGCCACCUUCAAUAUGACUGGGCAAUGUGGCACCUCACUGAAGAGCAAAGGUGGUGAAAGUUUGGAAGCUGCUGUUAAAGAAGUGUCAGACAAUCAGUCCAUGGCAGUGGCAGAAGCUGUCAUCAGUGGGUCUGGAGAUGUGCUGCCUUGCAAACAUGUGAUACAUGUCCACUCUCCUCAAUGGUCUGCCAGUGGACCAGCUGUAACACAACUGCAGACUGCUGUCAACAACUGUCUCACUCUGGCAGAGAACAAGGGACUCUCUAGCAUCGCCUUCCCCUCCAUUGCCUCAGGGUCGAACAACUUUCCCAAGCAAACAGCAGCACAGACAAUCCUCCGCACUAUCAAGGAUUACUUCACUGGAGCAGUCAGUUCUCAGAUAACCCAGGUGUAUUUUGUGCUGUAUGACAUGGAGUCCAUCGGUGUGUACACGCUAGAGCUAAGCAAGCUGGACAUUUAACACAAACAUCUCUUCUCAGGAAACAUUUACUUUUGUAGUCAUGGACAGAACGUGUUAGAAUAGUUUCUUACAGUUUUCUACAUUAAUUAUAAUAAUAAUGAUUUUGUUUGCUUAUUAUUAUCUGAUUGCAUUACUUA